CGAGGACGCGGGGUCCGGGCUCCCGUGAAAUGCAGCUGGGCGGCCCGCGCGCGCCGGGAACUCGGGGCGGCACAAACACCAAAACUUUUUUGUGGAAGGAAAAUGCACUGAGCGGGCUCGCCGGGGACUGAGUGCGCUCGCGCCGCGCGCCCCGGAGGAGCGGCCGCGGGCCAGGGCGGGCUGCUGGGCUGCGGGGACCCUGCGCGCCGGCCGCCGGGGCCCUCCUGGAAUUUACUAGCCGGCCCUGGAUGAUGAAAAGAAGGCGGGCGAGGCGCGGAUCGCCCCUGGAGUUGCGCCCCGAUUUGCUGCCGGCGCAGUUUGUUGUGAUCCUCCUCGUGGAUAGGUGCCCGGUGGCACCCCGAGAACAGCCCCCCCUCUCCCCCGCGAGCUGUACAGUUUAAAAAAAAGGAAACAAAAAAACCACCCCAAAAUCUCUCUCCCCCCCCUUUUCUUUUCGCCCCGUCGGGAUCGCUGUUUCCAUCCAUGUGCUUGCGUCUCCCCCGCGUUCCACUUAAACUAUUUUAAUCCUUGGACCCGAGGAGGAGGCUGAUCGGGGGGGUGGAUAAAAAAAGUUCUUCCAAAAUAGUGUGCCCGGGGCGCAGGAUGGGGGAUUUCGCGGCCCCCGCGGCCGCCGCGAAUGGCAGCAGCGUCUGCAUCAACAGCAGCCUGAGCGGCGGCCUCGCCGGCGCCGGCCUCGGCGCGAGUGGCGCGCCCGGCGGUGCGCCCGCGGCCCCGGGCGCCGGCCACCCCGCCGCGGGCUGCGGCGGCUCGGGGGGCCCCGGCUCGGCGGCCGUCCCCAAGCACAGCACCGUGGUGGAGCGGCUCCGCCAGCGCAUCGAGGGCUGCCGGCGGCACCACGUCAACUGCGAGAACAGGUACCAGCAGGCUCAGGUGGAGCAGCUGGAGCUGGAGCGCCGGGACACCGUGAGCCUCUACCAGCGCACCCUGGAGCAGCGGGCCAAGAAAUCGGGCGCCGGCGCGGGCAAGCAGCCGCACCAGAGCAAACCCCAGCAGGAUGCGGAGGCCGCCUCGGCGGAGCAGAGGAACCACACGCUGAUCAUGCUGCAAGAGACUGUGAAAAGGAAGUUGGAAGGAGCCCGAUCCCCACUCAAUGGAGACCAGCAGAACGGCGCCUGCGACGGGAGUUUCUCCCCCACCAGCAAGCGGCUGCGGAAGGACCUUCCGGCGGGGAUGGAAGCCAUCAACAACCUGCCCAACCACAUGCCACUGCCUUCGGCUUCCCCCCUGCACCAGCUUGACCUGAAGCCUUCCCUGCCCUUGCAGAACAGCGGCGCCCACACUCCUGGGCUUCUAGACGACCUCAGCAAGAACGGCAGGCUCCCGGAGAUCAAGCUUCCUGUCAACGGUUGCAGCGACCUGGACGAGAGCUUCACCAUCUUGCAAGGCAAGGACCUCAAACAAGAGCCUCUCGACGACCCAACUUGCAUAGACACGUCCGAAACAUCUCUCUCCAAUCAGAACAAGCUGUUCUCAGACAUUAACCUGAACGAUCAGGAGUGGCAAGAACUGAUCGAUGAACUGGCCAACACGGUUCCUGAGGAUGACAUACAGGACCUGUUCAACGAGGACUUUGAGGAGAAGAAGGAGCCAGAAUUCUCGCAGCCAGCGACCGAGACCCCGCUCUCCCAGGAGAGUGCCAGCGUGAAGAGCGACCCCGCCCACUCUCCUUUCGCCCACGUCUCCAUGGCCUCUCCCCAGGCCCGGCCCUCUUCUUCCGGUCCGCCCUUUUCUACUGUCUCCACGGCCGCCAGUUUACCUUCUGUUGCCAGCACGCCCGCUGCUCCAAACCCUGCCAGCUCACCAGCCAACUGUGCAGUCCAGUCCCCUCAAACCCCAAACCCAGCCCACACCCCAGGCCAGGCUCCCCCGCGGCCCGGCAGUGGCUAUCUCCUCAACCCGGCGGCCACUGCCAGCUCGGGGCCCGGCACGGACAUGUCUCCCGCGGAGCAGCUCAAACAGAUGGCUGCGCAGCAGCAGCAGAGGGCCAAGCUCAUGCAGCAGAAACAGCAGCAGCAGCAGCAGCAGCAGCAGCAGCAGCAACAGCAGCAGCAGCAGCAGCAACAGCAGCAGCAGCAGCAACAUUCGAACCAGACUGCGAGCUGGUCGCCCCUAGGGCCCCCCUCCAGUCCGUACGGCGCAGCUUUCGCUGCAGAAAAACCAAAUAGCCCGAUGAUGUACCCCCAAGCCUUUAACAACCAAAACCCUAUAGUGCCUCCCAUGGCAAACAACCUGCAGAAGACGACCAUGAACAACUACCUCCCUCAGAGCCACAUGAAUAUGAUCGGUCAGCAGCCAAAUAACUUGGGCACCAGCUCCCUCAACAAAGCGCACAAUCUUCUCUCGUAUGGCAACACCAAGCCCCUGACCCACUUCAAUGCGGACUUGAGUCAGAGAAUGACGCCCCCCAUGGCCAACCCCAGCAAGGCCCCCCUGAUGCCCUUCAUGCAGCCCCAGCCGCAGCCGCCCCAGCCGCAGCCGCCGCUCCAGACGCCCCGGGCCCACCUGAGCGAGGACCAGAAGCGCCUGCUUCUCCUGAAGCAGAAAGGAGUGAUGGGCCAGCCCCUGGCCUACGCGGCGCUUCCGGCCCACGGCCAGGAGCAGCACCCAGUGGGGCUCCCUCGGACUACGGGCCCCAUGCCGUCCUCCGUGCCCCCUGGCUCAGGCGGCAUGGUCUCGGGAGCGGGCCCUGCAGGCCCCAGCUUUCUGGGCAGCCAGCCGCAGGCCGCCAUCAUGAAACAGAUGCUCAUCGACCAGCGGGCCCAGCUGAUGGAGCAACAGAAGCAGCAGUUCCUACGGGAGCAAAGGCAGCAGCAGCAACAGCAGCAACAGCAGCAGCAGCAGCAGCAGCAGCAACAACAGCAGCAGCAGCAGCAGCAGCAGCAGCUUCUGGUGGAGCAGCAGCUGCAGCAGCCUCACCUGCCCCGGCAGCACCUGCAGCCGCAGCGGAACCCCUACCCGGUGCAGCAGGUCAACCAGUUCCAAGGUUCUCCCCAGGACAUCGCGGCCGUGAGAAGCCAAGCAGCCCUUCAGAAUAUGAGGAAUUCGCGGUUGAUGGCCCAGAACGCAGGCAUGAUGGGAAUGGGUCCCUCCCAGAACCCAGGGACAGUGGCCACGGCAGCUGCCCCGUCGGAGAUGGGCCUGGCCCCUUACAGCUCCACCCCUACCAGCCAGCCAGGAGUGUACAGUAUGAGCACAGGCAUGACCCAAAUGCUGCAGCACCCAAACCAAAGCGGCCUGAGCAUGGCACACAACCCCGCCCCGGGGCCGAGGCCGCCUGCCUCUGGGCAGGGGGUCGGGAUGGUCAGUGGUUUUGGGCAGAGCAUGCUGGUGAACUCGGCCAUCCCCCAGCAGCACCAGCAAAUGAAAGGGCCAGUGGGCCAGGCCUUGCCGAGACCCCAGGGCCCACCGAGGCUGCAGAACCUCAUGGGAGCGGUGCAGCAGGGCGCACAGAGCUGGCCGCAGAGGGGCCUGCAGGGGCUGCCCGGGAGGACUAGUGGAGAGCUGGGGGCAUUCAACAAUGGUGCCAGCUACCCACUUGCGGCUGGCCAGCCACGGCUGAGCAAGCAGCACUUCCCGCAGGGCCUGAGCCAGGUGGUGGAUGCUAACACGGGCGCAGUGAGAACCCUCAAUCCGGCCGCCAUGGGCCGGCAGAUGAUGCCCCCGCUCCCAGGGCAGCCAGGCGCCGGCCAGGCCCGGCCCAUGGUCAUGUCUGGCCUGAGCCAGGGCAUCCCUGGCAUGCCAGCGUUCAGCCAGGCCCCAGCACAGCAGCAGAUGCCCGGCGGCAGCUUUGCCACGAACAGCCAGAGCCAAGGCUACGAACGGAAUCCGCCCCCGGAUUUGUCCUACGGCUACAGCGGCGAAGCCGCCGGGGCUGCCUUCCCGGGGCUCCCGGACAGCACCGACCUGGUGGACUCCAUCAUCAAAGGGGGGCAGGGCGACGAGUGGAUGCAGGAGCUGGACGAAUUGUUUGGAAACCCCUAGUCACGGGGAACCCCCAGAGCCACGAUUCCGGUGGUCAAAGCUUAAACCACAAAAAGAAACAGGAUGUCACCCAUCCUUGUUUUUUUGUUUUUUUGACCCACGUAAACUGAGCAAAACUACAGCUGGCUGACGGGAAGACAGGCGCCGAUCCACCGCCCUGUGGGCCUCCUUCCACCUGAUUCUCACACCGCCACCGUCCAGACGCCGUGCAGACCCUGCUGCCAGAGAGGGGGCCGCCCCAGGGCAGGUGGGGCACCGAGUGAAGCCCCUCUGCCAGGCGCGCCCUGGGGCCACCGGGCCCAGCGUGAGCUGCUCCGGCCAGGGGACUGCUGUGCAGCCGGGACCGGCAGCCCCUCCUGGCCCAGGGCCGGAGACCGCAGGUUUGGAGACAUAAGAGACAGAGCCCCGGACCCCCAGAGCCGCACCGUGGCUGCUGGCGGGUAGCGGGCCAGCGCACUGUGGGUCCGCGAGGCGCUCGGCUCGGGCAGGAGCCGCGUCGGGCUGCGUGGCCGCUGCGCUGUUUGAAGGGUCGACACGAAGAGCAGGACAUGUCACGGGGACACAGCAAAGGCUCCUUGAGGCCCAUCUGCUGCCGUGCAAUGACCCUUCACGAGGAGAACCAAGAAGGCUUGGAGAAGGGUCCGUCCAGCAGUCCGGGAGGCCCUGCAAGAGGGACCACAGCGGCCCUCACUUGGGAUGGGGCUGGAGCCCCCGGGGCCGGGACUCUGCUGCCGCACCUGGCCGUGGCAUCCAAGACUGAGGCCGCGGGGCCGAGUUCCCGGCCAGGUGUGCCAGCCUGGCUGCCCCUCCCUUCCCCUCCAGCCCCACGGCCUGCACUUUCCUCACAGACUAUCCAAGAAGAGAUGAAGCCUUUGUCUUUAGGGAGCCUGGGCAGGGCCAGAAUAAAUGCAAGAAGAACUUAGACAAGGCGGGAGACGCAAAGGCAGCGCUGGGUUGUCUUUCAGGAUCGGGCAAAGCUGAGUGAAUCGCACCCACCUGGAGCUCGGCAGGCGGCUCUGGUGCGCGUGGAGGAUUAACACGGAGCCGCCCGGGGUCCUGCUGGGGUCUCAGGCUCUGGAUCUCCUUGGACAACCCAAAAUCAGCCUCACCCUUCCAUGGAGAGACAAAUCUAAAGCCCGGAGAGAGGGGCAGAACUGACCAGUCAGUCGCUUCACCUACACAUUUUGACGAUGAACAGGAGGCAGACACGGAGGGGCCAAGCAGUCCGCUGCAGAGCUUCAAGGACAGCUGUUCUCUCUGGAACUCACUCAAAUCCACCUAAAGCAAAAUCCGUCGGCUGGGACCAACCUCCGUGCCCUGAUCCCAUAAUCAGCGAGGCCAUCUCGUCCUGGCCUCCUGUCCCGUCCCGUCCCGUGGGGUGUCGACUGUCCUGAGCGGAGUCACUUCCUCUCCCUGCCCCUCCCAUCACACGACCCACCACGCCAGAGCCCGGCCUCAACGCCGGCCUGGCCUCCUCUCUGGGAAAGUCCCAAGAAGGGGUGUUGGGAUGGAAAGGGGGGGGUGAGGGAGGGGGCCGGGGACAGGCAGACACUGCCUUGACCUGCCCGCCAUGUCCCAAGGUUAUAGGUCUCCUGAGCGAGGGCAGAGGAGGCCAGGCAGGUGCAGCGGGCAGCGGCGCGGCUGCCGCUGGGAAGAGCUGGUGGCAGGUGACUCCCUGCGGGGGGCGCUGCCACCAGGGGAGCAGAAGAAAACCAAAAAAGAAAAGUGAAGACACAGACUACGUCAUUACCUUUUUCUGAAAGGUGCAGGAAAUAAAGAUAAAAGCAAUGAUGAGAAACUGGAGGUGGCCGAUGGAGCGGGAGGGGGCUCCGCUAUCUUUCAAAAGCUUCCUCCAAGUGCUUCAUACUGGGACCAACUCUAGGAAGAGGUAGAUUUUAAUAAGGUUGUUUUUGUUUUGGUUUUGUUUUUUCUAUGGUGCUGAUGUAUAUGUAAUGUCGAAAAAAAAGUUAUUUGUAAAUAAGUUUUUACAAUACUGCAGAUAUCACUGGGUCUACUAUCUGUAAAAAAUAUACAUAUAAAUAUAUAUAUACUGUUUGUUUAAAAAUAGAGUAUUUUUAUUUCCUUCCUUAACUCAUCAUCACAGCAGUGGUAUUGCACUUCAGGAGACAUCUAAUUACUAAUUUGUACUGUAUGACCGACGGCAACUUGCUCCAUUUUAUUCAGAUUUUCUAGUUUUCUGUUUUUAUUUUGUACAUUGAGCAUUGCUUAUUUCCUUUUAAGAAAUGUACAGAAUUCUGAAAUGUAGAGAUGAAGUGAUGUUGACAUACCACUUUUAAAGAAAAAAAAACAAUAAAAGAUCCUUAUCUGAAGCUAUCCAAAGUAGAGUUCAUUUGAGGGUUAUCGCUGGUUCUCCAGCCUUAAUUACGCAGACAUCUCAUGCCCGGGUUUUCAUUGAUUAACUGCAGUUCUUGUCGCAACAUUUUGAUAU